AGUUCUGAGGUCUUCAAGGGGGGGCUCCCUCGCGCAUGCCCUUGCGCGAAGCUCCGGCCGAGCCUCCAGCGCCAUGGCGUCCCCUCCGGAGAAGAAGCUGAAGACCGGGGAGGAGGCGAAGGACGUCGAGAUGGCCGAGGAGAAGGAGGAGCCGGGGCCGCCGAAGGAGCUCGAGGUGGACGCGAAGCCGCUCAAAGGAGGCGCGGUUGGAGCGGUGGAGUUCCUGGUUCCUGAUACGACGGUCAACGUCAUGACCUCCACUGUUGGGGACCUCCUGAUGCCUCUGCGCGACAACGGCUUUCAGUACCUCCUCGCGGGUGCACGCGCCAGCGUGGGAGUCAAGGCGGGGAGGUACAUGUUCGAGAUCAAGAUCGUAGAGUCGUUCUCUACGAAAGAGUUCAGCGGUCUGCUAAAGAUUGGCUUCUCGUCUGCCAGCUCGUCGCUGCUGCUUGAUUCCGAUAAGACCAGUGCCAGUUUUGAUUCGCAUGGCUGGUUCUACGGCGGCGCAACGUCUGCGAAGGUCAGCCAGAAGUUGCAUAAGGGCGACGUAGUGGCGUGCUUGCUGAACCUCGAAAAAGGCAGCCCAAACUACAACACCAUCAGCCUUUUCAAGAACGGCUCGCGUGUUGCACAGCCCCAGGCUCUCCCAGAGAGCCUGCACGGUAAGGCCAUGUUCCCCACUGUCGCUUUCAAGUGCAUGACGCUGCACACGAACUUCGGCCCAGAGCCGAUGUGCCCGCUUCCCUUCAAGUGCCACAUGGUGGGGACGGCCCCGAAGUCCGACGCAGAGGUCACGAAACACGCGGCCAUGGAGGAGGGUGAGGUGCUCUUCCCAGUCAGUUUGCCCGACGAGGGCAGCUUCGACUGGCUGGACAUGUACCUCGAGAAGAAUCCUGGGUGCGUCGAGAUCAGCGACAGGGCCAUCCGGGACUGGACGGAGAAGAGCUGGGAGGGCUGGGGGUCGUCGAAGGCCAAGCCCAAGACCUCGAACGACAAGCCCGAGAUGGGCUUCGGGGCGUGGCAGCUCGACGACGGCCACACCGUCAAGGGCGCGCUGACGGCACUGUGCGCGCUGCAGAAGCGCAAGUACGUCGUGAUGGAGGUGAAGGCCAAUUUGAUCGAGGAAGACAGGGCGGAGGCACUCAAGGUGUUCAAGGCGGCAAACUUCAAGACGUCCGCGGCAGUCUUGGUGGGGCCCCCAUCGGCAGAGUUCAAGAAGAGGGCGCAGAUGCUGACCCUCAGGCAGAAGCAGGAGGCUGCCGACAAGGAGCAUCAUGCGAAGUUCGAGGCCGCAAAGAAGAAGUGGGCUUUUGACAAGAAGAAGCGGGAGAUGGAGAAGGCGCGCAAGAAGGCUGCAAAGGACAAAGAGAAGGCGGCCAAGGCAAAGGCAAAGGCCCUCGAGGAGGCCAAGAAGAAGGCCGCGGCGGCUAAGGAGGGCAAAGAGGUCGAAGAGGAGGAGAAGAAGGAGGAUGAGCCCGAAGAGGAGGAGCCAGAGGAGGAGGAGCCAGAGGAGCCGGAGCCGGUUGAGGAGGACCCUCCAAAGAUGACCUUGACCGCCGAGGAAAAGGAAUUGCCUUUCCGACCCGUUCUCGUCCCCGACCUCACCCCGUCUGUAUUCAACACGAAGUUCACCAAGUUCUCGGUCCCAGAUAAGGCGGAGGGCUUCGACGAGAUCCAGUACGAGUUCUUGAAGGAUGGCGCCAAGUGCAAGAAAUACGUUCAAGAUUGGAUCUCGAAUCGCAAGCUGACCACGCGGGUGGAAGACAUCAAGCCCUCGGACUGGUUCCUCACGUCCAAGCGGCUUUGGGACAAGUCCGUCCUGGAGUGGCAGGCCGCCCUCAGCAAGCACAAGUCCGCAAUCAUGAAGAAGGAGAUGGACAAGAGAGCGAAGGAGAUGCGAAAGAAGCAAGCAGCGGCGAAGGCUGCUGCGGCAAAGGCAAAGGCCGAGGCGGACAAGAAGAGUGGCGAGGACAAGGAAGAGGGCAAGGAGGAGGCGGCGAAGGUUGUCGAGGAGCCGGAGGAAGAGGAGGAGGAGGAAGAGGAAGAGCCAGAGGUAGAUUUCGAGGGCAUCGACGUCUUCGGAGUGGACGACGUCAAAGACAUCGGCGGGGGUCUUCCACUGUACAAGGAGUUCACUCAGGACGAUUGGGUUCUGAUGUCCCUCGCCUUCGAGCUCCACAUGCUUGGGCAUUCCUUCAAGAAGGAUUGCAAGGACGAGGAUCGCCCGGGAUUGCAUGUGGACCACUUGGAUUUCUAUUCGAAGUACUUCAAGAAGGGGUUUGACCCGGCUUCGUUCGGAAAGGAGACCGCAAGGGAAGUAGUCGAGUUGGUGCGGGACGCGGUGCUUGUCGACGGCAAAGGGGUGCUCGUAAAUUGCCUGUCUGAGGAGAUGGAGACCUACCAGAUCUUCGUCAAGAUCACAGAGGAGGCCCGUAGAUUCCGCCUCAUGCGCAUCGACCUGGGCGAGGAGUCGGCGGUGCUCAAGUUCGCGGCGCAGAACGGUGGCCAGCAGUGGGCCCACGGCGCCAAGAGGAAGCGUUGGUCGUCGAAAGUUUCGGGGUGGGUGGGCUGCAGGCACUUAGCGGGGGCCCUGGAAACGACAGGAGCGUUUUUGUACCGGUUCCGUUUUGCCAUUUGUGUUGCCGGUUCCGACGCCGUUUUCUUACCUGUUCCGGCGCCGUUCUUUUACGGGUUCCGGCUCCGGUUCCAAUCCUGGAGCCGUUUGUGUUGCCGUUUCCGGUCGCCGUUUUUUUGCCGUUUCCAUUUUCGAGGGGCACUUCUUCGGGAACGGUCAAAAAACGGCCUUGCCGUUUCCGGGGCCCAAGAAGUGCAGGCAGGGCACGGUUGA